CCCCAUUUUCAGCCCAUUCCAAAAAUAUCAGUGAACGAAGAGAGUGUGUGAGCGAGAGAAGGAGAGAGUCGAGAGUGCGUGUGAGAAGCUGCAAAAGAAAGAAUGGCUCAAACCAUGAUGCUCAUGCCAAGUGUCUCGGGACACUCGGUGGACUUGAAGAGACCUGAUCGUUUGCUUCAGUUCCAGAUCCAAAGAUUGAGGCCUAACUCAUCUUCUUUCUCUCAGAAUCUCCUGUUUAGCCCACUUCCUCCGCCUGCAGCUUCUCAUCGUUCCUCUGCAGUUUUUGCUCUCUUCAAGUCCAAGACCAAAGCCCCUCCUAAGAGGGUGGAGAAGGCUAAGCCGAAGGUGGAAGAUGGCAUUUUUGGGACAUCUGGUGGGAUAGGUUUCACCAAAGAGAAUGAGCUCUUCGUGGGUCGUGUUGCUAUGAUUGGCUUUGCUGCAUCCUUGCUGGGUGAGGCAAUUACGGGGAAAGGAAUUCUUGCACAGUUAAACUUAGAGACUGGGGUCCCCAUUUAUGAGGCUGAGCCUCUCCUCCUUUUCUUCAUCCUCUUCACAUUGCUCGGAGCCAUUGGAGCUCUUGGAGACCGUGGGCGGUUCGUCGAUGACCCCCCGACUGGGAUCGAUGGGGCUGUGAUCCCUCCCGGCAAAAGUUUCCGCUCGGCACUAGGUCUUAAGGAAGGAGGUCCGUUGUUCGGGUUCACGAAAGCGAAUGAGCUCUUCGUCGGAAGAUUGGCUCAGCUCGGGUUCGCCUUCUCUUUGAUCGGCGAAAUCAUCACCGGAAAGGGAGCUCUAGCUCAGCUAAACAUCGAGACCGGAGUGCCCAUCAGUGAGAUCGAGCCCCUCGUGCUGUUCAAUGUCCUCUUCUUCUUCAUCGCCGCGCUGAAUCCUGGAACGGGCAAAUUCCUGACUGACGAGGAUAUAGAAGAUUAAGACAAACUUUUGUGCACAGAGUGUGGUGUUAUUCGAAAUUUGUAAGUCAUGAUAAUACUGUUCACUGAAGCAGUUGUUUACAGCAUCUCUCAAGAGCCGAUAUUACGAGCCUCAUUUUAAGUUCA